AUGGCACUUUCGAAUUUGUCCUAUUACUUGGAUGAUGUCGAUAACUACAGUGACUACCCAGAUUACACCAGUGAGGACACCAGCAGCGUGUGGACAGACCAAUCCCACGACCCAAAGGAUGUUGCGAGGAUCCUUUCUGUCGUCAUCUACACCGUGUCCUGCGUGUUGGGCAUCCUGGGCAAUGGCCUGGUCAUCGCAAUCAUAACUCUGAAGAUGAAGAAGUCAGUCAAUGCCAUCUGGUUCCUUAACCUGGCCGUCGCUGACUUCCUCUUCAACAUUUUCCUGCCCAUAAACAUUGCUUACACAGCCAUGCGGUACAACUGGAUCUUUGGGACAGUCAUGUGCAAGUUGAAUUCCUUCCUCCUCAUCCUCAACAUGUACACCAGUGUCCUUCUGCUCACCACCAUCAGCUUUGAUCGCUAUGUGUCAGUGGUUUUUCCCGUCUGGUCUCAAAACCAUCGGUCGACCAACCUAGCGUAUUUGGUUUGCUUAAUUAUCUGGACCGUUGGCAUCAUUAUGAGCUGCCCGUCUCUUGUCUUCCGAGACACGGCACAAGCCCGCAACUCCGUGAUUUGUUUUAGCAACUUUUCCCUCUCCAGGAAUAAAUCUUACCAAGCCCUGGCACUAAUGAGGCACCGAACGGUGAACAUCACCAGGUUCCUCGCCGGGUACAUCCUUCCCAUAACCAUCAUCACUUUCUGCUACAUCGCCAUCGUCUUCAACUUGCGUCGAAACCGCCUUGCCAAGUCCAAAAAGCCCUUCAAGAUCAUCGUCACCAUUAUAGUCACCUUCUUCCUUUGCUGGAGUCCCUAAAACCUCUUGGAAACACAGCCUGACAUGAUCCCGCGCUCCGUGUUUGAGAUCAGCAUCCCCAUAACCACGGCGCUUGCUGCCUCCAACAGCUGCAUGAACCCCGUCCUCUACGUCUUCAUGGGCCAAGACUUUAAGAAGUUUAAGGUCACCAUACUUUCCAGACUGGUGAACGCCCUCAGUGAGGAGACCGGCCACUCCAGCAUCGUUCACAGGAGCUUCUCCAAGAUGUCUUCAAUGACCGAGAAGGAGACGACAGUCCUCUAA